AGGGAAGCUCAAUGGCGCUGUGCUGACAGGGAAGGAGUCAAGUCUCCUCAGUCAGCCACCGGCGCCUCCUCCGCUCCGGGACCGACCACGGAGAGCAGCAACGGCGGAAGCCUGUGCCUUACACACCGGGAGUUAAGGGCUACUGAGAGGAGUCCAGUACUACAUUUGCUUCGAGCUGGUUUCCUUGCAGGCCUGUUUACAUCUAUGAAGCCUUCUCCUGGAUUCAUCAUCACUACUUGCUGAGAGAGAAGCUGCUAUGCCUGUCUCCACGCUUCCUCAGACCAUGGCCCAUCGGACCAUCGAGCUGUCCCACUGCUAGGCGAGGGGGAGCCGCAGAGGCCAGGAGACAUGUUGGGACAGAGGCCCGGGAACCACUGCACUGAAUUCUUUUACUUUAGCUACUACUGUAGUAGCCAUGGAAACGCUAUGGAGGACUGCUCUGAUCUGCACAGUCAUCGUUGUAAUGGGUGUCGCAGGAGUUCACAGGGAUGAGUUCUCUCAAUCACAAGCUGCCUUCCUGUCCAGUCUAGGCCAAUAUGAGAUUGCAAUUCCAGUACGCGUAGGGCCUGAUGGUGGGACGCUGCACACAAGAACCUCUCAGCACCGAAGAAGAAGACGUGGCACGGAAGAAAAAAUAUCAUCCGACACCUCUCUCUACUAUCAGCUCUCUACGUCACGUCACAACUUUCUGCUGAACCUGACCCUGCAGGGAGGCCUGCUUUCCCGCCAGUUCAGGGUGGAGUACUGGAAAAGAGGCAGAUUAGCCUGGAGUCACCCUUACUCUCCCCACUGCCAUUAUGUAGGACACCUCCAGGACCAGCCACACUCCAGCAAAGUGGCUCUCAGCAACUGUAACGGCCUGCAGGGGGUGAUCGUUGCGGGGGAAGAAGAGUUCUUGAUUGAACCCCUUGUGUCACCAGAUAACCAAACCAAUCCAGAGAGGGGGGAGAGAGCUGAGGGGCGCCCCCAUGUGGUUUAUAAGCGCUCAUCGCUUCGCCACCAGUACAAAGGCCAAUCUUGUGGAGUCAUUGUGUUUUUCAGGAAGCUUUCUGAUGGCUUCUGGUCAAAUAUCUCAGUUGAGAGCAUCAUCUGUUCUUCAGACGAGAAGCCUAUGAAAGGCUCAUCAUGGUGGCAGAGGACACUGAAGAUGCCUCCUCAUCACGUCGGCCGAGGCCAGUUACCACUGAAGCGUUCGGUGAGCUGGGAGCGCUACGUGGAGACUCUGGUGGUAGCUGACAAGAUGAUGGUGGGUUACCACGGUCGAAGGGACAUCGAGCAGUACAUCCUGGCUCUCAUGAAUAUUGUUGCCAAACUGUUCCAGGAUUCUAGCCUGGGGAAUGCAGUCAACAUCGUAGUAACGCGGCUCAUCCUGCUCAUGGAGGACCAGCCCACUUUAGAGAUCAAUCAUCACGCGGGGAAGUCUUUAGACAGCUUCUGCAAGUGGCAGAAAUCGAUCCAGCACCGGAGCAGCUAUGGCAACGCAAUACCUGACAAUGGCAUCGCUCACCACGACACGGCUGUGCUCAUCACCAGGUAUGACAUCUGCAUCCAGAAAAACAAGCCCUGUGAAACCUUAGGCCUGGCUCCUGUUGGAGGAAUGUGUGAACCAGAGAGAAGCUGCAGCAUCAAUGAGGACAUUGGCCUGGGAACCGCUUUCACUAUUGCCCACGAGAUUGGACAUACGUUUGGAAUGAACCAUGACGGUAUUGGGAACACGUGUGGACCACGUACCCAGGAGACGGCCAAGCUGAUGGCUGACCACAUCACCAUGAAGACGAACCCGUUCAUCUGGUCGGCCUGUAGCAGGGAUUACAUCACCAGCUUUCUGGACUCAGGUAUGGGCUCCUGUCUGAACAACGUCCCUCCCAAGCAGGAGUUUGUGUACCCCACCACAGCCCCGGGUCAGGCCUAUGACGCAGACGAACAGUGCCGCUUCCAGUAUGGAGUCAGAUCUCGACAAUGUAAAUAUGCAGAGGUCUGCAGUGAGCUUUGGUGUAUGAGCAAGAGCAACCGAUGCAUCACCAGCAGCAUACCGGCAGCGGAGGGAACGAUCUGUCAGACCAACACGAUUGAGAAAGGGUGGUGCUACAAGAGAGUCUGUGUGGCAUAUGGGACGCGUCCAGAGGGCGUCGAUGGAGGCUGGGGACCAUGGUCGCCCUGGGAAGAGUGUAGCAGGACUUGUGGAGGUGGUGUCUCCUCCUCGAUCAGAUAUUGCGACAGCCCAAGGCCAACCAUUGGUGGAAAGUACUGCCUUGGGGAGAGAAAGCGCUACAGAUCCUGCAAUAUUGAUGAGUGCCCUGUCGGCUCACAGGACUUCCGGGAGAUCCAGUGUUCGAACUUUGACAGUGUUCCAUUUCGAGGGAAGUUCUACACAUGGAAGCCGUACAGAGGAGGUGGGGUGAAGACCUGUUCUCUGAACUGCCUGGCAGAGGGAUACAACUUCUACACGGAGCGUGCACCAGCAGUAGUGGAUGGCACGCCAUGCCGAGACGACUCUCUGGAUGUGUGUGUAAACGGCGAAUGUAAGCACGUUGGCUGUGAUCGCAUUCUCGGCUCGGAUGUUCGAGAGGACCGCUGUCGGAUCUGCGGAGGUGACGGGAGCAGCUGCGAGUCUGUGGAGGGAGUCUUCAAUGACUCUCUACCAGGAGGUUACGAAGAGGUCAUCCGAAUCCCUAAAGGUUCAGUGUUCAUUCACAUACAGGAGCUCAACGUUUCCCUGAACCACCUUGUGCUGAAGAGUAAAAGUGAUCAGUACUUCCUCAAUGAGAAGCUGACCACCGACACGCCGCACAGGUUGGAUGUUGCUGGAACAACAUUCCACUACAGACAGCCUACUGAUGGACCAGAAACUCUUGAGGCUCUGGGACCAACAAAUAUGACCCUCAUUGUCAUGGUGAUGGUCCUGGAGGAGAACCCUGGAAUCCACUAUCGUUUUAACCCCCCUGUCAACCGGGAUCCCCUGGUUGGUUAUGCCUGGUACCACACAUCCUGGUCGCACUGUUCUGCACUCUGCGCUGGAGGUGAGCAGAUCCAGCAGGUGGUGUGUAGGAAGCUAUCAGAUCAUUCCAUCGUUUACAACCACUUCUGUGACAAGAAGAACAAACCCAAAGAGAGGCGGCGAUUCUGCAACACCGAGCCGUGUUCCCCAACGUGGUGGACAGGAGAGUGGUCGGAGUGCAGUCGCAGCUGUAAUGGCGGCCUGAGGACCCGCGAGGUGUUAUGCAAAAGGAGGCUCUCUGCAUUAGAGGAGAAAGUCCUGGAUGACUCAGCCUGCCCCCCUUCUCGGCCUCCAUUCACUGAACCCUGCAACAACCACAGCUGCCCCCCAGAAUGGCUGGCCCUGGACUGGACGGAGUGUACGCCCAGCUGUGGUCCUGGCUACAGGCGCCGAGCGGUUUUGUGCAAGAGUGGGGAGAGUGGGGACACGCUGCCAGAGUCCAAGUGCCCCAAGUAUGGCAGGCCCACCUCUAGAGUGCGCUGUAACCUGAAGCGCUGCCCUCCACCUCAGUGGGUGAUGGGUCCUUGGGGAGAGUGUUCUGCAAAGUGUGGACUUGGUCAAGAGAUGCGAUCGGUGCAGUGUCUGACACACAUCAGCAUGCCAUCCAACGAGUGUCCGGAACAUCUACGGCCUGUCUCCAUGCAGCAGUGCAAGAGCAAAUGUGACCUCAGUCUGCCUAUCAGCACGGACAAUGUCGAAGAGUGCAAAGAUGUGAACACUGUGGCCUACUGCCCCCUAGUGCUCAGGUUCAAGUUCUGCAGCCGACCAUAUUUUAGACAGAUGUGCUGCAAAACAUGCCAGGGACACUGAUCUGGACGUGGUGGACCUCACCGCAUCACACACACACACACACACACACACACAUAAAAUGAGCCUUGUGGCAGCACCCCGAGAGAGGGAGCUUUUGGGAUGCUGCCAGACACCCAGUGAUGCCAUGACUGUUCACGGGGACCUUUUGCCAGCCAUGUGUCCAUGUAAGAGCGGGCCUAUGCAGCCCGGGCUGAAUUCUACAUUCCACUGGAGGGAGUAUUAUUUUCUUGUAAUAUUAUGGUGCUACUCCUGCAGCCUCCCCUUGGCUACAGGACGGGUUGCAGUAUUGGUUAUCGGGAGGGCCGCUUUGUGUUUACUCUGGCCUAAUUGUUAAGCUUGAUGUUAAAAAUUUAAUGUUUUUGUUUAGCUAUUAAAAAAUUCACUUUACACAGAUCCUCCAUGAAAAAGGAAUCUCUUACAUUAUGAAAGAAGAGUUACCUGAUAGUUCUUACUUGAUCACUCGUUAUUUUGUAUGCAUAUCUAAGUGUUCAUCAAGUCAGUUAAGCAGUUUGAUUUGCACAAAGCGUCAUCAGUCCCGUGACUUGCAUACAGUAUAUUUGUGUUUGUUUUGGCAUCGUGUGAGUCCGCGCUUACUUGCAGAGAACCGUCACGUCAAAAAUGUCCUAAAGUCGCCGCAUUUGUAGCGUUGACCGUUUGGUGUUUGGCAGCUUUUAACGGAACCUCCGAAAGAAGGUCAAGCGGCUCCAUUUUGUGCCGAGUCGCUCUAUUUUUGGACCACCGAGUCGACGGUUUGAGCGACUUUAAAUACACGCGGAAAUUCAGUGUCAGAGCGGAGGGAGCCAUUGUGACUCACUGUCUAAUUAUACACUGUCUCCUCUGUGGCAUAGUCAGAUGAUUAAUGACCGGAUUGAAUUCAUCAUUCAAACUGGUGAGAAGACGUCUUCCAUGCAUGUAAACAGCACAUGUAAAUAGACAAAAGUCUUUUUUACCUCCCCCUAAAUUGUCAUUCUGCAUCUCGACAUUUUGGUCCUUUCGGAUGGACUAGAGCAGGGAACAUUACUGUUCUUCUGGAUGACUGGGCAAACAUUCCCACAGGUAUCCUCCCGUUCUAGCAGCACCUUGAGAUUUUCUUCCAUGUUCACCUCAAAGGUGUAACCGUGUUCCAAUACUUUUGUCUGUUUCCCCAUAAUGAUGCUGCACCAAACGUAGCAUCUCUGAGACUGGUGUCACAGACACACAAAAAUCAUCUUUCUUUUUAAGAACAGUUUCUGAACUCUUACUAGUCAAAUUGGGUUUGUAUUGUAAUGAUGGCGAUGCUGCUGAGGAUUUAGUCGCCAUGUUUGACCGCAUCAUUCCACUGUGGCCUUGACACAUGAAUGCAGCUGUGCAUGCGUGACUCUCCUCUUCUUUCUUUUUCUGGUGCUUUCAUCCGGAAGGGUGCUGUUCGUUCAUUGUUUUGCUACAUUUGCGUCCAAGUUGUCGUCUCGACAUUUUAUCCAGUUCCAUUCGCAGAUCACCCUCUGUCCUCCCUCUCCCCCACAAAAUCGACACAUGAAGGGCCAGUUUGAAGAAUGCUUGGGUAGCUUUUUAUGAGCGUCUGCCCUGUACAUGGUUUUAAAAUGGAAAUAUUAAACCAAUUAAACAUGGCUUUGGUUCAAAAUGAGCUAUCUGUGCCACAAUGUCACACCUUGUGAAAUAAUAGGUGUCUUCACUUCAGCUGAUACACACAUUUUGACACACAACGACAGCAUCAUUAUAUCACAUGGGUUUAUUAGUGCGGUUGUAGUUUGUAGUGGUGAAACUGUACCGAAUCAUAGUGAGAGGUGUUCCUAUUUUUCUUGUUACCUUGUUUCGGUACAGUGUCCAAAAAAGCUUGCUUUCGGGUGUCAAAGAUUGCAUACUCCGUGGUCAUUUUAUUAGGUACUCCUGCAGAGUUAAAUGAGAUCCUACAUUUUGAUUUUUUUAUAUACAGUGCUGUGAAAAACUGUUUGCCCCCUUCCUGAUUUCUUAUUUUGUUUGCAUGUUUGCCACACUUAAAUGUUUCGGAUCAUCAACUGAACACAAAGUGAAGUUUUUAAAUGAAACUUUUUUAUUAUUAAGGGAGGAAAAAUCCAAACCUACACUGCCCUGUGUGGAAAAAGUCAUUGCCCCUCUAAAUAACUGCUUGGGCCACCCUUAGCACCAACAAUUAAUAUCUCACUGUGCUGCUGAACAGAUGCGUCGUAAUGCUCCACCAAGUCAACCGUGCUACGCGUGUAUGGGUGUGUUAAGAAGCAGAAUUACCAUGCCAUCUACUGUACAGAGUUGUAAUAACAAGCUACACAGACGGUCUCAUUAUAACGUGCUUAUGAGCACCAAAUCUAUCUGUGGUGGCCCGCAUUACAAACAAAUACAGUCUCCAAUUCAUAAUUCUAAUGGAUUAGAUUUGAUAUAGCGCUUUUCAAGGCACCCAAAGCGCUUCACAAUGAAUUGAAGCCAUCAUUCAUUAACUCCGCAGUCACACUCUGGUGGUGGUCAUCUACAUCUGUAUCCACAGCUGCCCUGGCUGCCAAUUCACGCCUACGGUCUCUCCGAACACCACCAAACAUUCAUCCACCUGUGUGGGCAGCUCUGGAGGCAAGGUGGGUGAAGUGUCGUGGGUGAAGUUUCGACACAACAGUGACUGUGUGGAGGGAGCGAAGAUUGAACCACCAACCUUCCGGUUUGUGGACAACCUGCUCUACUUCCUGCUCCUCCUCUCUGAGAACCCGUAUCAGAUGAUGUGGGCAGUUUUGUGAUGACACAAACAUGAUGUAACCACAGCCAAACCCCAUCAUUUGACCACGAAUUUGAAGAUCCCUUUGCAGGUGUCACCAUCAGCACUGGAAACGGACCCACCGAGUCAUCUCCCGCCCUUUCGACAGGCGGUGAUCUCAGCCUUUACCUGAUGGAGUGGAGUGUGACAGAAAUGGAGAAGUCACAACUUUAGCUCAUGUGCGCUUUGUGAGCGUAUGAGGAACUCGAAGCUUCACUGGAUGUCUUGUACAUGGCAGGCACCUCUGACCUUUACUGCUGUCGGAUGGCGGUCUGACACAGUCCAUCUGGUGCUUUUUGAACCCAAAUCCACUCACUGGGCAGUGUGCACCCGACUGGACCGGAACAGCGGAGGCCCACUGGGACAAUGGCAAAAUACCACUGGCAGAGUCAAAAUGUCAAACAAAGUGGAGUGGACGACAUGGUCCUCCUGUCCAAGAUCACCGAGGACGCCAUUGUGGAGAACCUGAAGAAAAGAUACAUGGACGACUACAUUUUUACUUACAUCGGUCCUGUG